ACCAAGGAGGUAAAUAUUUACUUUUGUGCUUUUGAUGCGCACGCAUGUUAUGCCACCAUGACACCAAUUGUUGUUUUUUUUUUUACAAUAAAUUGAUAAUAUAAUAAUAUAAUAAUAAAACAAUAAAUAAUAGGUACAUAUGUAAAUACAGUUUAACAGUUAUGGCUUGUUUAUUGAAUCACAUCAAAUUAUUACUGCCUCUGGUAAAUAAACAGCUGACAAGGAGAUACUUGCAUGUUACUCAUGCAGCUUUUUCAAAUGAAAAAAAAUAUGUUGAAAGUCAUGAAAAUAAUGGAGUACGAACAAUAACAUUAUGUGAUUCUGAAUCUAGAAAUUCUUUGUCACUUGAAAUGAUGAAAAGUCUCAUUUGGAAUAUCAAUAGAGAUAAAGACAAUUUAUCAUUGAGAUCAAUUGUUAUAAAUUCAACACCAGGAAAAGUUUUUUCAGCUGGACAUAAUCUUAAAGAAUUGACAUCAUCAAAAGGCAUAAAAUACCAUGAGGAAAUAUUUUCAACAGCUGAAUAUUUAAUGAGACAAUUAAAAAAUUCACCAGUUCCUAUUAUUGCAGCUGUUGAUGGUCUUGCUGCAGCAGCUGGUUGUCAAUUAGUUGGUGCAUGUGAUAUUGUUAUUUGUACAAAAACAAGUACUUUUUCAACACCAGGUGUAAAUUUUGGAAUAUUCUGUUCAACACCUGGUAUACCUCUAGUCAGAAAUGUACCAAAAAAAGUUGCUGCCCAUAUGCUUUUUACAGGAUUGCCAAUUGAUGCUGAUCAAGCAUUUCAAGCUGGACUUGUUAGUAAAAUUGUAUCAAAUGAAAAUCUAGAUGAACAAGUUAAAAAAACAACAGAAAUGAUAAAUGCAAAAAGUCGGUCAGUCAUUGAACUUGGUAAAAAAUUUCUUCAAGAACAAAUGGAGCUUGAUUCAUCAACAGCUUAUUCAUAUGGAACUAAAGUAAUGAUUGAAAAUUUACAAUUAAAGGAUGCACAAGAAGGCAUUUAUAGUUUUAUAGAAAAACGUCAAGCUAAAUGGAUUCACACAUUUGAUAAAAGUUGAAAGAAAUAAAAAAUAAUAAAAUAAGUGUGCAAAUACAA